CCCCCCUUCCCCCCCCCCCUCUCCCUUAUAAGCAUUUUCUCUACCACGCCCCCUCGAUAUCUCUCUUUCUACUUGUUCAUCUUGCCACUCAAGGUCAAUUCUCUAUUCAUUCAAUAAUGUCUCAACCCGUCCCACCCUCCUGGAAGGAUCUCGGCAAAUCUGCCGGUGACCUCUUGCAAAAGGACUACCCUAUCCAAGGUGCCUCCCUCGAGGUCAAGACCCUCACUCCCUCCAACGUCACCUUCAAGGUUCAGGGACAGAGGAACCAAGAUGCCACCAUCAACGGAGACAUUGAGGGAAAAUACGUCGACUUUAAGAACGGUUUGACUGUCACUCAGGCCUGGACGACCACAAACCUCCUCCGAACUCAAGUCGAGCUCGAGAACCUCAUCGCCAAGGGCCUCAAACUUGACUUGGCUACCACCUUGAACCCAGCCAAAUCUCAAAAGGCUGCGAUCCUCACUGCCAUUUACAAGCAGCCCAGCUUGCACACCCGAGCUACCGUUGACCUCUUCAAGGGACCCACAUUCACUGCUGACACUGUCGUUGGACGUGAUGGAUUCCUCGUUGGUGCCGAGGCAUCCUACGAUGUCACCUCUGGAGCUAUCACUCGAUACGCCGGAGCCAUUGGAUUCUCCGCUCCUGAAUACGCCGUCACCCUCCACGGUCUCGGAAACCUCUCCACCUUCAGCGCUAGCUACUACCACAAGGUCUCCAAGGAUGUCGAGGCCGGUGCCAAGGCCAUCUAUGACACCAAGUCGACCUUGAACGGUGUUUCCUUGGAAGUCGGCGCCAAGACUUACCUUGACAACGCUGCAUUCAUCAAGACCAAGAUCAACAACUCUGGUGUCCUCUGUCUCGGAUACACUCAGGCCCUCCGCCCUGGUGUCAAGGCCGCCUUUGGUCUCGCCCUCGACACUACCCGAAUCAACGACCCCACUGCUGGACAAGCCGCCCACAAAGUUGGAGCUUCUUUCACCUUCAACUCGUAGAUCUAGUUUCAGCGUACAUAGCCAUGAUGAUCAUAGGGUACCAAGCAAUGCAAAGUGAUUUUAGAGAA